GGGAAGAAGUAAAUCGGUAGGUUGCAGUCUCUCAGGACGCAGAGUCAAUUUCACAGUCCGUCAAACCCGACGCUGUAAGGUUUACAGUCCAUAGAAUCCUACCAUGUAGCUGUAGAGAGAACAGUCCAACUGUAGAUAUCCACAACAGACAUCAUCCCCGACAAACUCGUACAUCACAACGAUAACAAUUUAGAUUUAAAGUUCAAAAUGAUUUUCAUCUUUGUGUCCAUCUUCAUCUCCAUCUUCAAGUCGAGUAGCGCAACUUGUGAAACAUACGAUGUUUCAUUUACCUGCCCAACUCCUGAAUUUCCAAGUAAUUACACAAGCUGCUGCUGGAAAAAUGACACUGUGAUAUGUUGUCCAGGAAAUAACUACGUAAACGAUUCACUUGUGAUGAUGAUUUCAAUUUUUGUGAUAUUAUUAUGUGUAACGCUUUCGAUAUUUUUUGUGAUUUGCUGCUUUUGGUCUCCUUGCCCUCUAUAUUCAGUAUGUCGAAUCAAAUACACGUAUGGUGAUAUAGUUGCAUACACAAAAGAAGAAGAAGCAUUAAAUCUCCCUUCGGAUAAUUGCAAAAAGAAUAAUUACACUCCGCUUCAUGUUAAAGUAAAAACUGUCGAAGAAGACUGAAUUAUCACCACACGGACUUUCAAAGGCAAUAAAAGAAUUAAAUUUUUGUCAUGUAUUCUCAAUGAAACAAACUUACUGUUGACUUAGAUUAGUAAUGGAAAGAUAAUAA